AUGGAGCAACCUUGUGGGGGGGAAAAGGCUGGCAUUCUCUACGAACAAGAGUUUGCAACCAAGCCAACAGAUGAUAGCAUUCUCGUAUGGAUCGAGGUCCAGUAUCGUGUUUCCCGCGGAUUCGAAGUUGGAAUGUUUCAGACCUCUCUGCUGUGUACCAUCAUGAACAGGCAAUCUGGCAAAUGUGCCGACUUGGCACACGGCUAUCUCGGCGACGUGAUUGAUAUUAUGCAUACUUUUCUGCUGAAAGUCCUUGAAGUCAUCUGCUCCGAUGAGCAAAUUCGUGACAAGUUGGUGAGUGUCCUCACCGAUGAGCUAUCCAAGAGAUACCGAGAAGCAAUGGAGCAGGCCCAGCUAGUCCUUGAUGUGGAGCGCAUGGACGUAAUGACGUCGAAUGACCAAUUUCAUGACACCCUCGAGGAAACGCAAAAGAGAAGACGUGUUCGAUCAAUUCCAUUUGGUCUAAGAGACAUUCUAAUAUCCUUCUACCAGUCACCAGGAUAG